AUAGAAAUAAGUAGUAGAAGUAGAGGAAGAGGAUAAGUGAUUUUGAUCGAUUGUGAUUUUGCUAUUGCUUUUCAGUAAGCCCCUUUUUGGAGCUGCGUUGUCAUUGUUGUGAUUUCGUCAACUACGUAGUGCCUUUCGGGUGGUGGAGUUGCGACGCAAACGGCCACAGGAGACAACAACGUUGAACAUAUCGCAGCAGCUGCGAUACAAAAUCGGCCUACGAUGAAGAUGGUCGAAUUUCGACACUUGCCGCUCUGUUGGCUGGCGCUUAUUGUGUUGUUUCAGAGCCAACUUGCUGCCACUGCGAAAGUGCCUCUUUCGAGAAAAUUUUUUCAGAGUGACAUACUCGAGCCAGGGAGCGGUUCGGCCACAGGAGCGCCUGCAACGAAAAACGAAACAAGUAGUUGGGCCGAUGGAUUCACAGCUCGUCCAGUUAUGCCGUUGAAUGAGAACAAGUUGAGCCAGGCUAAGCUUAAACUGCAGAAUGAAAAUAUGAAUGUUAAAAAACUGCAAACACCGCCGGUAGAAACGAUUAGUGUUAGCGGAAUGCAAGACGGACAUUUGCUUGGAGUCAAUGGAACCGGUCAGCGAAAGGAUUAUUCAAAUGUCAGCAGUACAAAUGGGUCGAUUGUGGGAGGAGUGAUGAAGCAGGGAGUUGAAACUACCACGCUUUCGGAUCAGGGCGUAGUGACGGGAAGCACCGAUGAGAGCUCGUCAGUGGCGGGUUUGAAAAGUUUUGCUUCAGAUCUUUCAACAAAAAACCCUCUGAGCGAUGCCAUUAACUUUGAUUCGUCGGAACAGUCUGAGGCAGAACUAAACAGCACACUGAAGGAGCAUAACAUUACCAAAUCGUUUGAAGACAAUCAUCUGUAUUACAAAAGCACGUGGUCGAACGAUGUUAAAUUGAGUGAAGAAUUCUGGAAAAAGAUAACAGCCAAUCUGACUGUUAACAGAUUGCUUUCGAACUCUCAUCGACGGGCUACGACUAUGCUGCUGUCUUUCGAUUUUCCGUACUAUGGAUUCCCCAUCCGAAAUAUUACGAUUGCAAGUGGAGGUUUCUUGUACACCGGCGAUUACGUCCACUCGUGGUUAGCUUCAACCCAGUACAUUGCGCCACUGAUGGCCAAUUUCGACACCUCUGUGUCUGAGCAAUCGUUUGUAAAAUACAAUGACGAUGGUGAAACGUUCACAGUAGUUUGGGAAAAUGUUAUCCUGCAAGACCGUCCAAAUAAUGGUUCAUUCACCUUCAGUGUCACACUGAACAAAUCAGGCGACAUUGUGUUCGCGUACAAGAAAAUUCCUAUCAAUAUUCAGCAAAUCAUCGACAACCCUUCCACGAAGCAUCCGGUCAAGAUUGGACUAUCGGAUGCUUACAUUAUCGACAAAACGAUUAUACGCACGAAACAGAAAACAAUUUAUGAAUAUCAUCGAGUGAACUUUGGCCAAAGUGAGGUGCAAAAUGGAACCGUUAUAACUCUCACAGCGCUACCGACAUGUUUCUCCUUCAAGGAUUGUGACUCUUGCAUUACACAUGAAGGUGCAGACUUCAAGUGCCUGUGGUGUCCAACAAUUAAUCGUUGCUCGACCGGUACUGAUCGGAAGCGUCAAGAUUGGGUACAGAAAGGUUGCGACAAGACUACCAUUUCCGAACUUUCGUACUGUCCUGCAAUUGGACAAAAGGGCAACAAUUACGGAGAGCCAGUAGAAGUGACUCCAAGAUUAAUUGACAAUUACAACAACAGCUACAGCAUAAAUGAUCGUAAACAGUUGCCUGGCAAAGUGGUUGCUCCUGGAUCGGUCCUUGCUGGAGCGAUGAAUAAAGGAACUCCAAACGGAGCCGCCGACGAUAGUGACAGCGUAAACAAAGUGCACGCUUAUCACACUGAUCUGCACGAUGCUUCUUCUAGUAGCAAUCUGAUAGUGUCGAUGCUGAUCGUUUUUCUAAUACUGUUUGCUUGCGCAAGUUGGGUUAUGUAUGCCUACCGAAACCCGCACACCAAAAGUGGACAACUUUUAAUAAGGAUUGCAAAGGCGAAAAAGUACCGACCUAAUAAGUGGUCUUGGCGACGCGGCGAAGCCCGAUACACUGCCGCAACCAUCCAUAUGUGAAUUCACAAUGAGUACUCAACAAUCCGUCCAAGACAUUGUAAUCUUCUCUACGUAAUAAUAUCGCUGAGUCAACCGCUUUUAUAUCAUCCGUGUGCAAUACGUCGCAAGUGGAACGGUUGGUACCACCCUAUCUUUAUGAAAUAAUUGACAUUGACAGCCAGUUUUAAAUAAUCGGUUGUUCCCUUGCUGAUGAUAUUUAAGUACAAGGCAGCUAAAAUGAACAACAGCAGAUCAUGAAUGAUUCUAUACGAUUCUUGUUGAAAACAUUGCAAAGUGCAAGAGUUGCCGGAGAUAAUAGUAGCCGAGGGAGGGCUGAAUAAUAUUUAAAAGAUUGCACCUAUGUGAUGGUUCGAAGGUGCGCCUAGAAGUAAAAAGGAAGAAAGUGUUUAUGAAAAAAAAGAAUUGGAUCAUUUAAAGACAAACAUGAAAGUAGAGUAAAAGAAGGAUUGAAAAAGUUUAAAGAGACAGCUAAAAUUAAGUGAUAUCGAAUGAAUCGGUUACACUUAACCACCCAAGCGAAUCGCAUAGCUGGAACGUGUAGUUUGCAGAGAUAAUGUACUCUUGUCAUGCAGAAAAUUACUAUGACACAUUAUAUUUUUAUUUCCGCACACUUAGUAUUUAAAUAUUCCAAUUUUUUGUACUGAAUUUUGUUCAACCAGCUUAUAUAGAAUUCGAUUUGUCAUGCUUACCCUGUCAACAGAAUAUUGAAUAUAAUUUUGUUUAAAAUUUAAUUGUUUGCUUUUUCAUUGUUUUCCUUUCUGUGUUACAUACGGUGUUUGUUACAUAUAAGGCUGAGCAAAAACAAUUUUAAUCUUUGCAGCAAUGCUCAAGCUCCACUCAUGACUAACUAAACAUACACAGACAUACUCACCCGUUAAAAACACGUAUAGGUCAACCUGCAUGUUGGAUAAAUGUGUCUAUUUGUCUAUUUCGGUUUUGGCAUUUUUUAUUGUAUAAAACAUAGACAGUCGGAAAAGUGUCUUAAAAUUUCAACGACUGGUCGGCUUGGUCGUCAGUAAAGGAAAAGAUGUGUGCAAUUUUAAACAAUAUUUUCGGAAACAAUUUCAAUUUGCUGAAAAUCGUUUAGAUAGUGGCGCAAUGCCUAAUCUUAAUAAAAGAAUAAAAACGAAUGAUGCACCCUGAAGGCAGGUGUAGUGUAUAUUGUACAACAUUAGCAAAAUUAUAAUAACACAAUGGCAAUCUCACCCAUAUAAACUGCACCCAAGGCAAUUUGAUAUUAAAGCAACUGCACGUUUUACACUCUCAGUCCGAAUACGCAGCACUAUGGAGGUCAUUCUGGUCUUGAAUAUGCAAUGGGUAAAGGCUUGCGUAUGAGAAGUCAAAGUCGUCACAUUCCGGUGAAUUUCACUUGUAUCAUGUGCAAGAGGAUGGAGAGUAACCAAGUUUUAUAGUAUUUGCCGAUCGAGGGCCAUACUUCAUCCAAUAAACCCUUCGAAGUAAUAGUGGGUACAAAAAGAACAGAGCAUCGAUAAGUGGAGUUAUCGGAAUGUGGUGAUUUUGUCAGUUUUGCCCUAUGUCGUUCUUUUAUACAAAGUUAAAUGAAGCACAUCAAAAGUAUGCAUUUUGUCAACCUUGCUGAUUGCCUGAGGACUUCGGUUGGUUGUAUAUCUUCAAUAUGAUAGUUAUGAAUUAGCUCAUUAUUAGCUCAUUUAUGUUCUGUGAUCGGCUGAAGAUAUUUUGCAAAGAAACUAUCAAGAAUGUGCCGGCGAAUGGUUGCAUCUCAUCUGAAUCGGAAUCAAAAAUGACAAACAGUUUGUGAAUGAAAAUAACAUUAGGCGCACACAAUACUUGAAUAAUCAAGGUACUAUCGCAUGGACAAUAUUUCUUGCCCACUUGUCAGGUUUUAAAAAGUCGUUUCUGGUCAGCUUGUUCUGGUAUAUUGGCGCUACAACGAAUGUUCCUGUUUACUAAUUUUGACUUCAGGGUUGCAGUUUUUACGUUCAACAGUAACGAGAUUCACAUCACAGACCUAUGGGCAAUUUAUUAUUGUCCUUGCAAUAGCGGCUUGUAGGAUCCUGGAAUUUUUAUAACGAUGUUUUAGAAAAGAAUUUGGCGGAAAACAGGAAAAUAAAAUAACGAAUUGUGCCUUGUUGUGAACGAUAAUUAUUUACCCUUGUUGUUGUUUGAGUUUCAGCUAAAGAAGUGUUCGCCAACAGCAGCCAGCCAGAUGGUAUGGGUUCUGUGUUAACUUGGCUCUUGUUGUUUAAUAUGUAAAGUGAGGCAUGACGCACUCGGCCAAUUUUGAGAGAAGAAUACCAAGUAUUUGCUUUUGGGCCAGGUAAAAUAUUGCAAAACAAUGUUCAUAGGUUUAAACUGAGUCGUUUAUUGGAUGAUCAUCUUUUUCAGCUCGUUGAGGAGUGCCAGGUAAUGUUUUGUAUUUCUUUUUCAUUACAGUUUGUAAUACGCGUAACUUUAUAUAUCUUUUUAUUGCCUCAUGCGUACGGAUGGAUUUCCAAUUAACAGUACUAUAGGUGUUUUAGCUCUUGCAUACAAAA